AUGUCCCCCGUCUUGUCCGCUGCGACAGUCACCACCGUCGGCCUCGCAUGCAAGGCUUUUCUUUCUUCAGGUCUCGCCUCAAUACAAGUCCAUGGUCUCCAUAUCCUCAAAGAUGCUCUCGAGGGCCCAGAUCGCGACUCCCGCCGUGGCAUACUGACCGUUUGCAACCACAUCUCAACGCUGGAUGAUCCUGUCACUUGGGGUGUCCUUCCUGUGCGCUACUAUCUGAGUUCCCGAACUACACGCUGGGCUCUAGGCGCUUCUGACAUCAUGUUUACGAAUCCGGUAUUUUCUACCUUCUUUUCGCUCGGACAGACUCUCGAAACUUUCCGUGGCAAAGGGAUCUAUCAGGAUGCGGUGGACACAGCUAUUCAAAAACUCAACGAAGGACAAUGGGUGCAUCUAUAUGGCGAAGGAAAAGUCAAUCAGCCCAAGGACUACCGUCGAGAUAAACUUGGGCGCGUCUGCAUCCAGCGAUUUAAAUGGGGCGUGGGCCGAAUCCUAAUGGAGACAGAAAUUCCUCCCAUCGUGAUCCCGAUGUGGAUAACAGGCUUCGACCAACUGAUGCCAGAAGGACGUCCUUUCCCAAACAAAUAUCUGCCACGGAUUGGUGCACGUAUGAGCGUCACAUUUGGCCAGCCUGUACCUACAGAAAAACUGGAGGAAGCCUUGGAUGUAUCGCCACGGGAUUCUGAUGUCAUUUCUUCUGCUACUGCGGGUUCCAAUGAGCAGCUCAAGGGAUGGCUAGGUGAGGCUGCGGCUUUGCGCAGUGAACAGGAACAAAUCUAUACAUCACUAGUGCGCCAAAAGGUUACCGCAAUAAUCCAUCGAGCCGUAGAAGAUUUAGGUCGAUCUAUCUUGCCACCACUUCUAAAGGAGCCCAUUUCAAUACAAUAG